GCCAUCACUGUGAAAAAGCUGGGGAGUGGCAGGAAGGAGGAGAGAGGAGAACAAAGGGAAAGUGUAGGACACACAGCUCAUCAAGGAUUUUCCGAAGCAUUUCAGUGCCAUCCCUUCCUUCGUGAUAGCAGCAUGGCCGAGGGAUCAGUGUCUGUGGCGCAGGUCGAAAAUGCCUUCCAGAAGUUCGCCGUUCAUGGGGACACCAAAGCCACGGGGAAGGAGAUGAACGGCAAGAACUUUGCGAAGCUCUGCAAAGACUGCAACAUCAAUGACGGCAAAAACAUCACCACCACGGAUGUUGACAUAGUUUUCAGCAAAGUCAAAGCAAAGUCAGCUCGUGUUAUCACGUUUGAGCAGUUCAACCAGGCCCUGACUGAAUUGGCUCCAAAGAGGUUUAAAGGCAAGAGCAAAGAGGAGGCACUUCAGCAGCUCUAUGGACUCAUCGUAGGGAAGGAACCUGCCAAUGUUGGAGUCACAAAAGUGGCAAAGGCAGCAGCAGUGGACAGACUGACCGACACCUCCAAGUACACGGGUUCACACAAGGAACGGUUUGAUGAUUCAGGCAAAGGGAAGGGAAAGGCUGGACGUGAGGACGUUCCAGACACCAGUGGCUAUGUAGCUGCUUACAAAGGCACUGGGACUUACGAGGACAAAGUUAAAGAUGCAUGAUCGUGCUGAAAAAAUGCUCCACACAUAUAUAUUUUCAACUCCAUUUUAACAACUGGACAACAGAAAUGCGGCAGUUUAAUGGUUGCAUGCAUUGUAUGUACAACUAAUGCUGUUCUAUAUAUUUUGUGAUUUACCACAACCAAAAAUGAGUUACUUCCUCUGUAGUAUAACGGCCUUGCCUUAUGCAUUAAGAUUGUGCCUUAUUUUGCACUAAACCAUGUCCGUAUAUGCCUAUAUCUAAAUGCUUCACGCUAAAUUAACUCGACACAUUGAAGUAUUACUUUUGUAACCACUUGCUAACCUCAGCUUUGGCUUCAACUAAGUGACCUAUUACUGACUAUAAUACUUUAGUCCUUGAAUUAGUUCAAAAUAAAAUACUUUUUUUCUUGAAAUUAAUUCUUGUGUCAAAUAAACAUGCCUUGAAGAACACUGGAUUAAAGUCUACAGAUUAAGCUAUGUCAGACUGUAUAGAGUACCAUACAUGUAUUGUAUUCUUGAUUCUUCUUUUUUUUUAAUCAUGCUGCGACUCUUAAUGGGCCAUGUGUGAACAUACUUAGUUUUUUGUCUUAGAAUGAAUUAAUAAAUGUCAAUUAUUCAUCCAUCUGCUAUAUCUCUUUUUCCUCUGUUAGGUGCUAACUAACCACACCAAUGUGCAGUCAAACCUUUUCAACACAAUUUCACUUUUUCGACAAAAAGAAAUCAAUAAAGAGUCAAACAGUUACGAUACUGAUUCCCAACUGACUUUUUGUCGAGAUCAAUGAAAACUCUGCAUACACUUACUCAACCUGCCUGGACUCUUUCUUGAAAUGUAAUACUCAUGGCAUUUUAGAAAAUACACAAGCCAUUUUAUAAAGCCAUUAUGUAUGAACGCAGGUCUCCUAUAUAUUUUUGCUAAAAUGAAUAGAUUAAUAGAAAUAUUGUUACCUGCCUAAAAAAAAGGCUUGUACACAUAGAACAUUUAGAUGCUAAAAGUUAACCACUCUUCAUUAUCAGUUUGAAAUUGAUUGAGUCAUUUCUGAAAUCCCCAGUAUGAACUAAAUGGGGAUAUUUGUUUUACCUGGGUUUGUCCGUUUCCAAGAGAAUGAGAGUGUUAUGGUACUUCCACUUAUUCACAGAACACAAAAUGGAUAGUCCAUUAAAAAAAGAUGAUACUUCUGACCUGAUACCCCGGAAUCCACGGUGGCUCAAUGGGAUAAAAUCCUCAUGUCUAUGCAUCUUUAGGGUGGUCACGAUUUGUACUUGGCUCUCACAUGUCAUAGGUCAAACUCUCAAAGGCCCCCUAGAAGGUGGUGCACUUUGCAAGGGAUUUAAUUAGGGAUGUUGUUGUUUGAAAAACUAUAUUCUUUUUACCUGAGAGAUAAAUCUUUCCACCCACCUGGACAAAAAAAACUAAAAAAAGAAAAAGCUCUGAAAUGAGUGCAGCUAUUCCUGACACACACAUGUGAAGUGAACAACUUGGAUAAAAAAUUUUUGUGGACUGCAAUACUGAUGGAAAUACUGUGAGAAAACUGUGGAUUUCAUGAGGAUCAAUGCACAAUCUAUUCUCUUUUUGUUCUGUCCAAAACUCAAAUCUGUACGGUAAUUUCCAAAAGCACAACACAAGCCACGAUUUAAGAAUAGUUUUUUAUUUUCACAAAUCAUUACAGUUCUUUUGACAUGUGGCAUAACAACACAUCCAUUCAGUUUAGUUUGGCGUUUUUUAAAAUGCUGUCUCACACUGCUGGAAACUAUGUAUAAUCGUUUGCUUUUCACCAAGUAAAAGAAUAAGUCUGACGUUGUUUCUUAAAAAAAAGAAAGAAUCCUUCAUUUUCAAACAUAUCAUUGCGUUGUGAGAUGAGAGAUACAGCUUGCAAUUUGUUUGUCUUGGGCUAUUUGUGGGAUGUGAGAGCCUACACUGAAAUCAGAACCCUACGAGCAGCAGCAGAUAAAUUAAAUUGUGUAGUUUGCUGGAUUUGACCAAAAAUAAAGGAUGGACAAACCCAACAAUUCAAAGGUUAUUGUUAAACAUAUAACAUUAUGGAAACAAA